GUUCAUAAAUCAUAAUAAUUUUAGGAUUGAUUUUCCUCACCAAUCUAAAAGAAAGUUAGCUUUUGCCACUUUGCAAAAAGAAGUAAAAAGAAAACGUUUGUGUCCUUCAUUUUGUACAAAAGAAAGGAAAAACAACUCCAACGUUGAUGGCGACUUCCUCCUCAAACGUAGUGGUUCACCAGCAGCAGCCGCCGCCGCAACAUAAAGUGUUCAUAAAUUUCCGAGGAGCUGAGCUGCGACACAAGUUCAUCAGUCAUCUACUGAAAGCCUUGGAGAGGGAAAGAAUCAACGUGUUCAUAGACACUCGAGAAACAAUGGGCACAGGUCUGGAAAACCUAUUCCAGAGAAUACAAGAGUCGAAGAUUGCGAUUGUGGUCAUUUCAAGCAGGUACACUGAGUCACAAUGGUGCUUAAAUGAGCUGGUAAAGAUCAAAGAGUGUGUGGAGGCAGGGACCUUGGUGGUAUUUCCAGUGUUCUACAAGGUGGACGUUAAAAUCGUGAGGUUCCUAACAGGAUCGUUUGGUGAAAAAUUAGAAACAUUAGUGUUGCGUCAUAGUGAAAGAUAUGAGCCAUGGAAGCAGGCUCUAGAGUUUGUGACCUCGAAGACAGGCAAGAGGGUGGAGGAAAAUAGCGACGAGGGUGCGGAGGUUGAACAAAUCGUGGAGCAUGUAAAGGAAAUCCUAAGAACAAUUUCAGGGGAGAUUCCACGAGGAAGAGAAAGUGAAUCGCCGAGAGGAGAAGGAGAAGGAGAAGCAGAGCCUAAGACUACUCCUUCAGAUGAUUCUCUACUCCAUGGGAUUGAAACAAGGGUAGAGCAACUAAAAGAGAAGCUAGAGUUGAAAUCUGAAAAUGUCACUCGCUUUAUCGGCGUUGUUGGGAUGCCUGGAAUAGGUAAAACGACUCUUGCCAAGAGACUAUUCAGUGAAUGUGGAAAACAUUUCCUGCAUAAGAUGUUUCUAGAUGACGUGAGCCAGAAGCCAGAGCCUUUUUUAGACGAGACGCUGCACACGGACCUAUUGCUCGGGUUAUGGAAGAGCAAAAACAAUGGGAGAGAUGGAAAUAGAGCCAAGUUAUCGAUUGACUACAUAAAGACUCAACUACAAGGAAAAAAAGUUUUUGUUGUUCUUGACAAUGUGGGUGACAAGAGUCAGAUAGAUAAGAUUCUUGGUGGGUGUGACUGGAUAAAAGCAGGAAGCAGAAUUGUGAUCACAACGAGCAGCAAAUCGGUGAUUCAAGGACUCAACAGCACUUAUCUCGUCCCGGGGCUGAGUAGCUGUGAUGCCCUAAACCAUUUCAACUAUCACGCGUUUUCUGCUAGUGACGGUUUCUACCAGCCAAGUUUCACGGAUCUUGCAAAACAGUUUGUGGAUUACUCUAUGGGACAUCCAUCAGUUCUCAAGCUGCUUGCUCGUGAGCUUCGUAGUAAAGACGAGAGUUACUGGAAAGAAAAGCUUAGUGCUCUUGCUAAUAGCCCAAGCAACACGAUUCAAGAUGUUUUGAGAAUACCUUAUGACGAGCUUAAGGAGCAGCACAAGAUCGUGUUCCUCGACAUUGCCUAUUUCUUCAGGUUUGAGAAUGAGAGUUACGUGAGGAGAUUGCUUGGUUCUUCGGCUCACGCAGAUGCGAGUGAAAUAACUGAUCUAGCCGAUAAGUUUUUGAUCGACAUUAGUGGCGAUCGUGUCGAGAUGAAUGAUCUGUUGUAUACUUUCGCGAUAGGUCUGAAUUCGCAAGCAUCCUCUGAAAAUACAACAAGUGAGCGUAGGCUCUCAAAGCACUCUGAGAUUGUUGAUGUUCUCAUGAACAAAGCGGAAGCAACCAAGGUCAGAGGAGUUUACCUUGACAUGUUCGAGGUAAAGGAAAUGGGCUUAGACAGUGACACGUUCAACAAAAUGGAUGAUCUCAGAUACUUGAAGUUCUACAAUUCUCAUUGUCAUAGAGAAUGUGAAGCUGAAGACAGCAAACUAAACUUCCCCGAGGGACUCGAGUUCCUGCCGCAAGAGCUUCGAUAUCUUAACUGGCUUAAAUAUCCGGAGAAGAACCUUCCUAUAAAUUUUGACCCAAAGAAUCUUAUCGACCUCAAGCUGCCUUAUAGUCAGAUUGAGCAGAUUUGGGAGGAGGAGAAGGAUACAUCCAACUUACAGUGGCUGGAUCUGAAUCAUUCAAGUAAGCUGCACUCAUUAUCGGGUUUAUCGCGGGCUCAAAAGCUUCAAAGUAUAAACCUUGAAGGCUGCACGGGACUGAAGACGCUUCCUCAAGUGCUGCAGAACAUGGAAAGUCUCAUGUUCCUGAAUCUGAGAGGAUGUACGAGCCUCGAGUCUCUUCCAGAUAUAACAUUGGUUGGUCUAAGAACUUUAAUCCUCAGCAACUGCUCAAGGUUUAAGGAAUUCAAGCUGAUUGCAAAGAAUCUUGAAGAAUUGUACUUAGAUGGCACUGCCAUUAAGGAACUUCCUUCAACAAUCGGAGACCUCCAAAAGCUUAUCUCGCUGAAACUGAAAGACUGCAAGAAUCUGUUGAGUCUCCCUGACUCUAUAGGAAACCUAAAAGCUAUUCAAGAAAUAAUACUCUCUGGUUGUUCAAGCCUUGAGAGUUUCCCAGAAGUUAACCAAAACUUGAAACACUUAAAGACUUUACUACUAGACGGAACAGCCAUAAAGAAGAUUCCUGACAUUUUGCAUCACCUAUCUCCUGAUCAAGGCCUGACAUCUUCCCAAUCAAACUGCCAUUUGUGUGAAUGGCCGCGUGGAAUCUACGGAUUAUCGUCAGUGCGACGUUUAUCUCUGAGCAGUAAUGAGUUCAGAAUCUUGCCGAGGAGUAUUGGUUAUCUCUACCAUCUAAACUGGCUUGACUUGAAGCACUGCAAGAAUCUUGUCUCUGUUCCAAUGCUUCCACCAAAUCUUCAAUGGUUAGACGCACACGGCUGCAUUUCAUUGGAAACGAUUUCCAUCCUUUCAGAUCCUCUUCUGGCGGAAACAGAGCAUUUGCACUCCACAUUUAUCUUCACUAACUGUACCAAACUUUAUAAAGUUGAGGAGAAUAGCAUCGAAUCCUACCCUCGGAAGAAAAUCCAGUUGAUGUCAAACGCACUAGCUCGCUAUGAAAAGGGAUUAGCUCUCGAUGUUCUGAUCGGAAUCUGCUUUCCCGGAUGGCAAGUGCCCGGGUGGUUCAAUCAUCGAACGGUUGGAUUAGAGUUGAAGCAAAACCUGCCGCGACAUUGGAACGCAGGCGGGCUUGCCGGUAUAGCUCUUUGUGCUGUGGUCUCAUUCAAGGACUACAUAUCAAAGAAUAACAGGCUCUUAGUUACAUGUAGCGGUGAGUUCAAAAAAGAAGACAAGACUUUGUUCCAGUUUAGUUGCAUUCUUGGUGGUUGGACUGAACAUGGAAGCUAUGAAGCCCGCGAGAUCAAGUCUGAUCAUGUCUUUAUCGGCUACACCAGCUGGUUGAAUUUCAUGAAAAGUGACGACAGUAUAGGAUGUGUUGCAACCGAGGCUUCACUAAGAUUCCAAGUUACGGACGGGACAAGAGAGGUUACAAACUGCACUGUCGUCAAGUGCGGCUUUAGUCUCAUCUAUUCACACACUAAUGUUGAUCAUAGCUUGUGUACAGACAAUUAUUCUGAUGUAACUACAACUACCAGUGGGGGUACAAGCUCCGGUUCAAUAACGGACGUUGGAGAAAGUUGUUACCAAAAUGGAAGUGAAGAAAUCAUAGAGGAAGCAAUGCUUUUCGCAGCUUCAAGAGAAGUUGAAGAAGAAGAAGACACAGAGAGCUUAGUGACAUUAAGCUCACUAAUGGGAGAAAGUCCAAAGAGAAGUGAGAAGAAGGUACUGAUGAGUGUCCGUAAUGGUUCCACUAGAGAGGUAGCGAUAGAGAGGGACGUUAACAACGCACAUUGCCUUUCGUUUUUAAAUGUGUUUAGAUUUUGGCGGGAUUGACAAGAGAAAAGGAGAGAUCAAAUCAUGAAACAAGCACUUGCAUAUGUACAGAAAGCAAGAGAGAGAGGACUGUACCGGAAUUGCUUCCCGGUUAAUGUCCGAUCGAAAUUCAAUUCAACGGCAAGCAUUGUUGGUGUAUCAUCCACGGAUCCGUCAAAUCAUAGUUUUGGGGAUAAUUUUGAUUGGGUCUCCUGCACACAACUAUCUUAUUCCUUACGUCAUUAUCUUUUAAGUUGGCAAAUAUUUUUCUUAAGUUAAUUAGUUAAUGUUUUACGACCUUUUCAACCUAAAAAAUGAAACACGA